AUGUCAGCCGAAGACAACGCUCAAUCGUCGGGUCAGGACGUCACGGGCGAGGUUACCCAGACCUUCGACCGCUUGACCAUGAAUGACCGCCCGGUCGGCCCUGAUGGCCAGCCCAUCCCCCGCACCGACGAGGAGUACAAUGAGUCGCCUUUGACCCUGCGCGCUAUCGUUACGUCCAAGGAGGCCGGUGUCAUCAUCGGCAAAGGCGGACAGAACGUCGCUGAUCUGCGUGACAAGACUGGCGUCAAGGCUGGCGUCAGCAAGGUCGUCCCUGGCGUUCACGACCGUGUCCUGACCGUCACGGGUCCUCUCAAUGCGAUCUCGAGGGCUUACAAGAUCGUUGCUGGUGCUCUGCUUGAAGGGGCACCCCAGAUGGGUAUGGGUGGUGUUAUCAACGCCAAUGGCACUCACCCCAUUCGUUUGCUGAUCUCUCACAACCAAAUGGGCACCAUCAUCGGUCGCCAAGGCUUGAAGAUCAAGCAGAUCCAGGAUGUUUCCGGAGUCCGCAUGGUUGCCCAAAAAGAGAUGCUACCGCAGUCUACUGAGAGGAUUGUCGAAGUUCAAGGCACGCCCGAUGGCAUCGAGAAGGCAGUGUGGGAGAUUGGCAAGUGUCUCAUCGACGACGCUGAGCGUGGUUAUGGGACUGUGCUCUACAACCCUACGAUCAAGGCAUCAGGAAGCGUUCCACUCAACAAUGGAGUUGGUAUGGGCGGCGGCAAUCGCUCGUACAACCGCACCGGCCACGGCGCAGACUUCAGCGAUGCGCCCCCAUCAUACAGGCGUGGGCCCUCCGACGCUUCUAGCCGGCCGCCGCCCCCCACCACCAACGAAGACGGCGAGGAGCUCCAGACGCAGAACAUCAGCAUCCCAUCCGACAUGGUAGGGUGUAUCAUCGGCAGGGGAGGCAGCAAGAUCAGCGAGAUCAGAAAGAGCUCUGGUGCUCGCAUCUCGAUUGCCAAGGCACCGCAUGACGAAUCCGGCGAGAGGAUGUUCACUAUCACCGGCAGCGCCAGCAGCAACGAGAAGGCCCUGUAUCUCCUCUACGAGAACCUGGAAGCUGAGAAGAUGCGAAGGAGCCAGGGAGCGCAGGAGUAG